UCGCUAUAGAGACAAGACGUUCGCUGAACCAGCUAGCAUUAGCAUGGGUUUGUUUGUCCACAGUCUAUGGUUUCGUCCAUUUUGUUCAACUUAUUUAGCUAGCGUGGCUAACGUCACCUUAGACACCGUGCAGCAGAGAUGGAUGACGGUGACGAGCCGGGGAUAGUCCUCUCUCACAACACUUCUUCAGGCUCUAAGUCGGGCGGGGACAAGAUGUUUUCCCUGAAGAAGUGGAACGCCGUAGCGAUGUGGAGCUGGGACGUUGAGUGUGAUACUUGCGCCAUUUGUCGGGUACAAGUGAUGGACGCGUGUCUCCGAUGCCAGGCGGAAAACAAACAGGAGGACUGUGUUGUUGUAUGGGGAGAGUGCAACCACUCCUUCCAUAACUGCUGCAUGUCCCUUUGGGUGAAGCAGAACAAUCGCUGUCCCCUCUGCCAGCAGGACUGGGUGGUUCAAAGAAUCGGUAAAUAAGCUCCAACUCCAGGCGGUCUGAUUCUCGGACGACACCUGUGUACACCCAAAAGUGGUGACAGACUUGACGAUGAUCACUGCAGUGUCCUGUGCAGAGAGCCAACUGUCAACUCCUACUUAUGAAUGCAUGUUCCAGUAGUCCUGGUGUCUAAGGAGGAAGAUGGACAAAAUUGAAAGCGCUGCAGACUUGUUGGGUCACUGAUUGGUUGAUGUGGCUGGAGGGAUUCUGAAGCGAAGGAUAAACUUUAUUGCAGUGUUUGGUCACAUGUUACCUUUACAUUAUUGUCUGUGGUGUUCAGCACAUCCUGAAUAUGUGACUUUAAAAAAAUAAAGGACUGUGUAUAGUUGUAAACAUA